AUGAACUGCAACGAGAAAGAACUGAAGGCCAAACUGCACAACAACAGGGCUAUUGCACAUUCUAAACUUGGUAAGAUGAUGAGGGCUUUAAUAGGCAUUUUUUUUUUUCUAUUUUGAAGCUAUUGAGUUGUCACUAGUAGUUUUCUGAAAAAGGUGAUAAUUUUGAAUGCAUGCCCGGAAAAAUUUACCUCUUGUCUUGGCCCCUCAAAUAUACAAAGAAGUAACCUCUUACCCCAGAUAUCAACGAGCAUCACAAGUUUUUCUCAAAAUUAUAGUAAUGGUGGUUGGUUUACAACAUGUAUGGCUAAUCAGAGAUAUUUAUGUCAAUAACAGGAAAUCACCAGGAUUCACUAAGGGAUGCAGAAGCAGCCAUUGAGUUAAAUCCAACUUUCCUUAAGGCAAUUGUGAGAGGUUAGAUAUGUUAGCUAUACUAUAAUAAUAAUAAUAAUAAUAAUAAAAAAAGAACUCAACACUCUAAGGUUAAAUGAGGUUAAAUAGAGUUCAAUCUUGUCUCAAUGGACUUUAAUUAAGAGGUCGAGACCACCCUGAUGUACAUUUGAAUCCAGCUCUUGACUGCUACGCCAUUACUUCCAUUAAUCAUGAUGAGAAUAUUAUUUUGAACGGGGUGAGGAACUCAAUGCGAAAUGCAAAGCAAAAUUUCAGCAUGAAUAUUUUAGUUCCUUAAGUCCAAUGAGUCACAGGUGUCAGAUAUAUUAAGAGCGUGUCCACGAAAUCACCGGGCGGUCGUGCUACAUGCCAUCUCACCGAUUUCAAUAAAACUUUGCCAGUUUAAAGGGUCUACCCCAAAAAUCAAAACGACAAACUGGUUUCUGUUUUGGUUUUUUUUUUUCCGGGGAGAUAGACCACCCCGGUUUUUCUUGGUUUUCACCAAGGAAAUCGCUUCAAAUAGGUAAAAUGUAUGAAGCUCUCACUGCGAUGGUAUUUAACUGAUUACUUUGAGAAUUUGCACACAUAUUUUUACAUCUUUAGUUAAUGUCUGCUGCGAGUAUCAGUCAGUUUAAUCAACGGCUUGUCAAUCAACAGAGGCAAAUAUACGACUGUGUUUUUAGACUUUUCGAUUCAUCUAAAUAUUUUACAACUUUGAGGUCAAAUAUCUCCCGUUGCCAGAAAGCUACAACACUAAUCUUAAUUACCCUUUAUAACCCAUCAUUUCAUCUCUGAAAAUCAUCAAAAAAAAUCUUUGGGCACUACGGUAUUUUUGUCUUGGAUGCCUUUUAAAAUCUGCGACUCUGACAAGUUUCUCUCAACUACACCUGUCACGCAAUUCUUGCUCUAGGCGGUCACUUGACAAAAUAAACCUACAUUUUUUAGCUCUUUAUACAAGAUGAUUGAUCAAGAAAGGUGAAAACUGUGAAAAACUUUCGAGAAAAACUUUCGAGAUACAUGUAGACGAAAAAAAUCAAUGGGAAAUCGUAGCGUUUCUUUCUUCGGUCGUUUCUUACUUUGAAGAUUUGCUAAAAUCAGCAGAUAUGGCUUUUGUACGGCACAAAACAUUCAUUAGUCUAUAAUUUGAUUGUUUAUCAUCAUCACUGCUCAUUUUAGGAGAUUUUAAAGUCACAUGCUGCUUGUUGGCUGAUAUUACUACAACUUCGGCUUUCACAGACGAGAAAUUCUGCGUUCUCGCUCGAGAGCAAAUAUAAAUUGUUCUAUCGGACUAAAAACUGUGCUUCUAUCCCGAAAAUAAAAUUAAAAUAGUGUUGACGUUGUCACUUACCGCCAUCGAACAUUUACAUACAGAACUCCGCUAUGCUAACAUCAGUUGUGUGACCCAAAGACUCUCCGUAGGAAUUAUUCAAGCGCGUUGUUCAUGCUAUCUGCUUGAUAACAAUUUCAGAAUAAUCUGCAGAUCUCUAUGAUUAUUUACCUGCUUCGAUCGUUAAAUAUCUGUAUAUUUUUUUCAAAGCAUUCUAUUACUACAUAUAAAUCUACAUCUCUCUAGAUCGAGUGUUGCCGGCGUUUAGUUGCGUGACUUGUAAAAUUUUUAAAUAAGAAUGAGCCAACAGUAAUUUGACGAGUAGCCUUCCUGCAAAUUUCCCUUGAUGAAAUCCCAAGACAUAGCCAGUUGUUUUCGUGAGCAAAGACAAUAAAUAUGAAAGAAAAGUGAGAUGCGAAUGUCUUUUUUUUUUAGCUUAAUAGCAGCUGUACCCUCUCCUGCAGUCUUCGUCUAAAUUUUGCAAGGUCCCUCCUUAUCUUCUGCCUUGUUCGGUCAGUUUCGAAUUCUGAAGCUAGAUCAUUGGCAUCGGCCUCUCUGUCCUCAUUCAUAUUUACAGAGGGGGACCUCAUCAAUAAACCAAUUUUUGUUAUAGCAGAUAACCGGCUGAAGUAUCGAGCGAUUUGCUGCUGUAUCAACCGGUCAGUCUUAGACAACAUUUCUGGCUGGUGUCGUCUCUUAAACUCUCUCGAUAUUUGGGAGAUCACAUUAGAGGCGGUUGCCUUACUAGUUUCCUCCCUUGCCCAACACGCGUCUAGGAGAUAAUUCCCUGCUUUCUGAGAAAAGGUAGCUGUUUUUUGUGUUUUCCAAAGAGCCCAUCCAAAGUCCACUUGGCUAGUUAGGGAUUGUUCGUCAGAAUUUUUACCUGAGGUCCGACCUCGAACGUAGCCGUCCCCUAUAGAAUGGCAAGCCGGUCUUAGUCCAUUUCCUCUUGAUCUUAUCCUAGGCGGAAUGUUUUUGUCGGCAUCACUGUGUUUGUCUUUGUUAGGGUACAUUUGGAUGGCAGCCAAUGACUGAAACAUCUUGAUACACCCUUCUUUUAGCAAGAAUAUCUCGCUUUCUUGUUCCGUCUAUGACGGAUUGGGUAUAGUUCUCGCGAUGACCUGCGUUCAGAAAUCUGUGCACGUUGCUGAUAACCACCCGCUUCUACGAUUAGUUUGCUGAAAGUUUCUAAUGUGAUGAGCCUAGUGAGACCCUGAGGUGUUUCAAACUGUGCUAGUUGGUCUGCGCUAUAAACUUGUCGCAGUUCUUAAGUCAGAGGGAGGAUCGCCCACCUCUAUCUAUGUGAGCGCCUCUACAGUACCUGCGUAUCCCUAGCAAUCAUAUGAUAAAAAGUUCAUCUCAGUCACAAAUCACCAGUUAGGAAAACUGAUGUUCAUAUAAGCGCUCUUCUUGCCCUUCUUCCUUAUUCAUUGCCGACUCUAAGAUAGCAGCUACAACACGCGUUCUAUUUAGGUUUACAGUCACCUUGCCGCCACCAGGAAGACUCGCCACCAGCUUUGAUUUCUUCUGCCAUCUGCAGAUUCAUCUCUCUCACUUUAUGUCUCCGAUUUUUUUAUGAGGAGGAUACUGGCAUUUACGAACCCGAAGGUCUGAAUCUCACACCAAGUUGUGCACGAUAUUUGAGGUACAUCGUGAAAUCGCGGCCUUCGUAAUCUCCAAAUAAGCCAAUACGCGCUAGAAUAAGCUCCAUCUCGGACGAAACGCAUGUUUCGGAUACAUCGACGUCUCUCAAAUGUUUUUUUAAAGCUGUAUGCCCACGAAUUUAGAGGUGUGAGCUGUUGCUGUCCCUGGCCAGCGCGAGAAAAGUAACAUUUGGUUCUACAGUUAGUUGCAAAUGAACAAGACAACUGCACCAUCUUGACUUUAUCAAUUCGAGUGUUAGAUUGAAUUGAGGGCUUUUUAGACACUCGAUUUCUUAUAUGGCAUCACUAUGAAGACGUAAUACAACUGAUACACCUACACUACAUAGGAUUAACAUUGUCUGUUGCGCUGUUGCUAGAAGGAGGAAAAUAUGACCGGAAGUGUACGCUCUUUUUAAAAAGAGUUUUAGAGACGUUUCAGAGAUGUCUAUCUUUGAUCGGCUGUCACAAAAAAAAUGACCCCCACUUCAAUUUACAAGGAAAAUGAACUUACCAACUCCUUGUUGAAAAAAUUGGAAUUCAUUUAACCGAUACGCCGGUUGUUUCAAUUUUUCUUUUUCCUCGGGCUGCUAUGAAACAGUUCAUAAAUUGACUAAUGAAUAAAGUGUUUUGAAAUACCGUUCGGGAUUUGCCUUUUUUUUCUGCGUACAAAUCAAGGGUAGACAAAGUUUUUAAACAUUUGACUAGAUUUUCAUGGAGUUCACCUGGAUAAUUUUCGUCGGCCAGAGUCAAGACGCGCCAAGCUAAGCGACAUAGCCCUCCAGUAAAAAAAUUUUCCAAAGAAUAAACGUGGCGAGCGCGAGGAAACGCACAUUUGACGAUAGUAGACUUCAUCAAGGAUUUUUUCAAGUAGGGUAAAUAAGCUUGCUCAUAUACAAAUAGUAAAUAAGUUGUCUCUUUACUAUUGAGGUCAGUGGAUAGAAUACGCCAGGUGCGCCUACGGUGUUAUACAUGCGUGACAUUUUCCGGACGUUACAUGUACGAGUACGUGAUCCGUUUAAGGGUCACAGAUUUAGUGUAAAUAUUUCACUCCUCAACAUCACCCAAUGUCUCUAGUUUACAGAGGUCUUAGAACGUUUCAUUAUAUGGAGUUGCCUUCUGCGGGUAGAAGGCUAGAAGCGAAUUUCUCAGGCGUAAUUGCCUUUGAUUUCUCAAUUGAUGUUGUCGCAAACACAGUUUUUGGGAGUCACGAGACAAAAAAACUUAUCAGAACCUAGUUUCAUGUUCUAAUGGAAAUAAAUAGCAAAUAAAAACACAUUUUCUUGAGAAAUAAAGUCACAAAUGAGGGGGUUCUCUGAAACAAAUAGUGAUAGAAGAGGAUUUCAGUUCUGGUCAAUAUUGACUUUUCAAGGCCUAAUUCCAAAUCUGAGGGAACGUGCUGAGGGAAUAAAAAAACAUAAAUGUGUGAUAAUGCAAGCAAGAGAAUGAAAAUACAAAUAAAGAAAAAGGAGAAAACAUAGGAACCCGUGUUGCAGCGUGCAGAUAUCUUUGAACCAGACCUACACACAUAAGCCCGACACCAGCCAGGGAAACUCGAAAGAGUCCUGUAUAUGAACUAGCUAGCACAUGCACGCAGGAAAGGCCAUGACAAUCAGCGAAAAUAAUAGCAAAUGCAGAUGACAUUUGCAUUCAAAAAAAACAGGAAAAUAAGAUAAUAGAAGGAUUAGGAACUUUCUAGAAGUGCCUGAAAAAAAAAAAAAAAAAGAUGAACAAUUUUUACUUCUCAUAAAAGGUCACGCAGUGACCCUACAAAUACUAUUCCUAUACGUGGAAUUUCUUGAUGGUGGAAAGUGGAAAAAACAUUUUCCAGUCUUAUUUUCUGGAAACAUGGCGUAGUUAAUGAAUUCAUGGGGCUAUUGAUAUUUCCUAACAAAUAAGGAGGGCAGAGUUUCCCGUCAGUCGCGGUAUGGAAAAGCCGAAGUUGUUACACUCGGGAACUUUUACGUCAACAAGCAGGCGACAUGAGACUUUAAAAUCUCCUCUCCUGUUACAGUUUCCUUAUCGUAAACUGUACGAUAAUGAUAAUAGACGAUCAAAGUAUAGUCUAAUGAAUUUUUUGUUCUGUACAAGAGCCCUAUGUCCUGAUUUUAGCAAAUCUUCAAAGUAAUAAACGACUGAAGAAAGAAACGCUACGAUCUUCCCAUUGAUCUUCCGUCAACAUGCAUCUCUCUAAACGUGAAAUUUUCCAUUCCUACGAAAAACCUCGAAAGUUUUUCACAGUUUUCACCUUUCUUGACCAAUCAACUUGUAUAAAGAGCUAAAAAAUGUAGGUUUAUUUUGUCAAGUGACUGCCUAGAGCAAGAAUUGCGUGAUAGGUGUAGUUGAGAGAAACUUGUCACAGUCGCAGAUUUUAAAAGGUAUCCAAGACAAAAAUACGGUAGUGCCCAAAGAUUUUUUUGAUGAUUUUCAGAGAUGAAAUGAUGGGUUAUAAAGGGUAAUUAAGAUUAAUGUUGUAGCUUUCUGGCAACGGGAGAUAUUUGACCUCAAAGUUGUAAAAUAUUUAGAUGAAUCGAAAAGUCUAAAACCAAAGUCGUAUAUUUGCCUCUGUUCAUUGACAAGCCGUCAAUCAAACUGACUGAUACUCGCGGCGGCCAUUAACUAAGGAUGUAAAAAUAUGUGUGCAAAUUCUCAAAGUAAUCAGUUAAAUACCAUCGCAGUUAAAGCUUCAUAAAUUUUACCUAUUUGAAGCGAUUUCCUUGGUGAAAACCAAGAAAAACCGGGGGGGUGGUCUAUAUCCACCCGGAAAAAACCAAAACAGAAACCAGUCUGUUUUUUUGAGUUUUGGGGUAGACCCUUUAAACUGACAAAGUUUCUUUGAAAUCGGCGAGAUGGCAUGUAGCGCGACUACCCGGUGCUCUCGUGGACGCGCUCUUAAGUCACUAUCUAGUUGUUUUAAAAAGAAGGAUCAGGACUUACCUAACUUUUAGUGUUUUUGUGGGAGUUGUUGAUCCCAAUUUAAGUGUUCUUAGAAGUUUCAGUUGUCUGUAAAGCUAAAUAAAUCUAACUGAAACCUAAUAGGGCCUGUUUAUUCUUUUCCGUUUAGUUUUUUUGUAUUGUUUUGUUUUGCCUUUUUUUUUCUUCUGGUCUGUGAUGAUUUCAAUGGUUUCAGGUUCUUUUCUCAGAAUUGAGCUACAGUAAUAGUAUGCUUCUUUUUGUGUUGUUGCCUACAGGAGCCGCUGCUUGUAUUGAAUUGAAGAGAUUUGAAGAAGCAAUCACUUGGUGUGAUAAGGGACUAGCUGUAUCCUUUGAAGGAAUCUUUCAUUUCUAACCGUGCGUAUAAUGGAAAAAUGUUUCCAGCUCAUAUACUUUCAAGGCAGAAAAUACAAAGAAGGGUAUUAAUUAUGAUGGGAACUUGUCAGCUCAUAUACUUUAAGUGUGUGUGAUUAAAAACAUAGGAGAAGUUAUUACCUCAUGACUUAUUAAUGAAAUUACUCCUUUUAGCCAAUUUGACUUAGUUCUACUAUCCAUGCCAAUAACUGGUACAUUAGUUUAAAUAACCCUUUAAUUUCCCAGACCAAAUUUGUAAUUAUCCUUACAGUCAGCCAUACAAUUCUUGUAAUGUUAGUACAGAGAAUUCAGUAUUGCAUCAACUAACUAUUUUGAAAUUGAUAUAUUUUUUUUUUUUUACUCUCAACACUUAUCUGAUUGAUAUUGUAUUGCUAUUGUAAGGAGAAAUUCUCUUUUGGUCACUCACGGGAGUUAAAGGGUUAGAAGACUAAUAUUCAUUCAGUUUAUACAUAGUACUUGGGUAGAGGAUCUCUCUAAAACAAGCCAGAACAAAAAGCUCUUUAUUGUUUACAUAUCUUAUGCAGAUUUUCUGCCUUCGACCUUUUGCUUCUACUUAGAGACUCAGAAACUUUCGUUGUGCUUUCCUAUGGACAAAUAAAUAUUUUAAAGAUAUGUAUUUAUUUUAUAUAUUUUUGUUUUUUCCACAUUUUUAACCCUUAACAUAAAAAAGAUUGACAAAAACAAUAGGAUCUUCUCGUCAUUAAGACUUCAGUCUGUCAGUGAAGUGGGAGAUAAGUCCAUGGAGGAAAAAGAUCCUAUUAGUCAUGACCACGGUAGUGCAAGUUCAGGUGAUGUCAAGAAAGUCAUAGAUCUCUAUAAUCAGGGAAAAGAAGCCAUAGAGUACAACAACCUAGAUCUUAAAAUAGCUAAAGAAGUAGGAGACAAGCAUGGGGAGGGUAACGCUUAUGGCAAUCUUGGCAAUGCUUAUCACCGUCUGGGUGAUUUCAAAAAAGCCAUAGAGUACCACAACCUACAUCUUAAAAUAGCUAAAAAGUAG